CCGACAGCUCACCUAGACAGCUCAGCCUUUUGUCAUCAAAGUCAUGACACAAAAGUUCAUGUGCCUUAUCGUCAAAAGCGCAUGAUUGAGCGAACACUGCCAGGACGAAAUCGCCUAAAAGAUGACGAUUGGUAUCCAGCGCCUCAAUGCGAGGCGGUCGCAGCCCAACCCCAACAUCAUCUUCAUCAAACCCCUGAAGGGCCCCGAUGAGGCCACCGCCCAGGACUUCCUAGAGAGGAUUGCAGCUCAAUGUCUGCCCAUCAUGAAGGAGCAUUGUAUCUCGGUCAUGUCGCUAGAGGAGUACGAGCCUAAUGCCGAGUUCGUCGGCCGGAACUUCAAUGCUGGCGAGGUGAUCCAGCUGGUUCUCAAGGCGCGCUUCACGGGCCGCUGGCUGCCGUUCGAGUACGUGCAGAUGGUCAUGAUGCACGAGCUCGCGCACUGCAAGCAGAUGAACCACUCGCGCGCCUUUUGGGCCGUCAGGAACCAGUAUGCCGAACAGGUGCGCCAACUCUGGACCCGCGGCUACACGGGCGAAGGUAUCUGGGGUCGUGGGGCGCUCCUGGCCACGGGCUCCUGGGAGGCCAAUACCGUCCUGCCUGACGAGCCGCUGCCGGAGCACCUGUGCGGCGGCACGUACCGGUCGCGGAGGCGGGGUAAGAGGAGGAGGGCCAAGCAGCCGGAGCUCUCGUACCAGGAGCGCAAAGAACGGCGCAUACUCAAGAAGUUUGGGGCAAACGGGGUCGCGCUAGGCGAGGAUGAAGUGGUCAAGGCGGAGCUCGAGAAAGGCAAGCGGACGGCGGCGAAGCCCCGCGUGGCUGGGAGCAAGAGGGGCAGAGAGCUACGUGCCGCGGCGGCCCUGGCCCGGUUCGGGCGGCAGACGCAGUCGAAGCUAGAGUUCAAGCCGAAGGGCGAGCCGGAUGAGAAGGAGACCCCUCGCGUGAAAAACGAGGCUGGCGUGAAGGAGGCCGCCAAGGUAAAGAUUGAGGCCGACACCCCGACUGCAUCCGAGUCGGAAAGCACCGUUGGAGUCAAAGAAGAGGACAUCUCGACCGCCUCGGAAUCGGAAUCGGAAGAUGACGAGGGGGAAGACUACGACGAAAUCAAGACGGAGCCCGGCCUGCCCGACGCUGUGGACAUCGACGGAAAGACUAUGCGUGACGGCAAAGGCCGCGGCAUGGUCAAGGUGUGCGAGGACGAGAGUCCCGACGACGAGGAAGCCAGGCAAGAGUUGGUCGAGCUCAGGUCGUCGUUCAGACAGAGGGCUGCUCGGCGUGACAAGGCUCCCAGUCCGGCGCCAGCAAAUUCAGAUGCGAAACGCAAAGAAGCAACGCCCAAAAUGGACCCGCCUCCUGCAAUGAAUAAGCUGAAGGCGGCGACGGGUAGUCAGCGCGUUUCUGACGCCGCCACACUGGCGCACCCCAAGGCCAGGGACUCGCCCAGCACAUGCGCUCCUUCGGCUUCCUCUACGGGAAACGCUGCCAAGCCCCGCAACAGCCACGGGGUGUGCACUGUCUGCUCGUUUGCCAACGAGACGCUCGCGCUUUGCUGCGCCCUGUGCUCCAACGUGCUCGAUCCAGCAAAGGACAAGAGGGCAUGGAGAUGCAGUAGCGGGACGUGUGCAGACAGUGACUACGUCAACGCCGGUGACUGUGGUAUCUGCGGCGUGUGCGGCUCGCGCAGGAGCACAUGAAGCAGGGGUAAUGGGGGACAAAUCUGGCUGUGUCCCGGUGGAUUGUUUGCUUCAUCAUCACACAGAAACCGCCGGCGCCGCACCGAGCGACACACUGCGCACGUAGCUACGAGAGAACGAGUGGACGAAAGGCGUGGUAUUUUGUUAUGAUGUCCAUGCUGGGCAUAUGUUUGUACUUUAUUGGCUCUCACACAGCUUCUGUUGAUGGGGAUUUCGCCGGGCAGAGUUGGCAGCCCUGCUUCGAUGGCUGGCGAGUCAGAGGGAGGCGGAUCGCCAACAUGGCUCGUUUGCGUGCUGUUAUCUGGAGUCGGAAUGUUUCUAGAACACACGGGUUUCUAGACGGGCGGGCAAAACGAUUGGCGUCGAUCUGGCAAUCGCUGUAUGGGAAAUCCGGACGUCGGGCGUCCCUGGCUCCCCUUCCCGCCCGUCGACGGUCCAGUCGGGAAGCAGGACUGGCGAAACGGACAGGGGCAUUUCACUGGAGCUGUUGUUUCACUUGAAAAAGGGGGGCAGGGUCUGCCGUUCUUGGGUCACAUCGGCGCCCACGCCGGGUUUUUUUUUCUUUUUCUUUUUCUUUUUCGUUAUCGAUAGGUCGCGGAGCCUCUCUCGAUUUGAAGUGUCCAUCACAUUCCAAAUCGAGUAACCAACUUCAAGCCCGCCGCAGGACAUGUGGGGGGCGCGUCAAAUAAUUCGACAAAUAAUUCGACAACCGAGCGUUUGCACGCACGCGCAUAUACCCCACCCACUCCCACUCCCACUCUCCCGGCGGGGCAUUCUAUUGG